ACCCUCAUGCCAAUAAGGUAUUCAUAUAAAGAAAUAAAGAAGAUGACAUCAGGUUUUAGGGAAAAGUUGGGAGAAGGAGGAUUCGGCUCAGUCUACAAAGGACAGUUAAUAAGUGGGCCCUUUGUAGCCAUAAAAAUGUUGGGUAAAGCAAAGGAAAAUGGCCAAGAAUUCAUCAGUGAAGUUGCUACAAUUGGUAGAAUACAUCAUGCUAAUGUGGUGAGGUUGAUUGGAUUCUGUGUCGAGGGUUCAAAACGCGCUCUUGUUUACGAAUUUAUGCCGAAUGGUUCUCUAGAUAAGUUUAUUUUUUCCAAAGUGGAUAGUGUAUCAUUGACAUACCAGAAACUUUUUGAAAUAUCUCUUGGUGUGGCUCGUGGUAUAGCUUAUCUGCACGAAGGUUGUGACAUGCAGAUUUUACAUUUUGAUAUCAAGCCUCAUAACAUUCUUCUUGACGAAAACUUCAUUCCUAAAGUGUCAGACUUUGGUCUUGCAAAGCUUUAUCCUCUUGAUAACAAUAUUGUAACUUUGACAGCAGUAAGAGGAACAAUUGGUUACAUGGCUCCGGAAUUGUUCUACCAAAAUAUUGGAGCAGUAUCUUACAAGGCUGAUGUCUAUAGUUUUGGAAUGCUUUUGAUGGAAAUGGCAAGUCAAAGAAGAAACUUGAAUCCAAACGCAGAGCAUUCGAGCCAAUUUUACUUUCCAUUUUGGAUAUAUGAUCAAUUGGCUCGGAAAAAUGAUGAGAUAAAAAUGGAAACUUUGAUGCAUGAAGAAACGAGUGAACUAGCAAAAAAGAUGUUCACAACUGCACUGUGGUGUAUACAAUUAAAGCCAAGUGAUCGUCCUUCGAUGAAUAAAGUAGUGAAAAUGUUAGAAGGGGAUGUUACAAGCAUUGAAAUGCCUCCAAGGCCUUCAUAUUAUCCAAAUGAGGAUUCUGAGAUUAAUUCAGGAGUAACUACUUUAAAUAAGUCUUCAGGCUCUUCAGGUUUUGAUGAGGAGGAAAUUACAACCAAUUGUAUGUGA